CAGUUUCGCAAAACUCAUCUCUUCCUUUAUUAAGCCUGUGACUGAGAGAUAGCUACAAGAUGAAGCUGCUGCUGGCUCUGAUUUGUAUCUUGAUGUAUAUGGAAUGCCAAGGACAACGCCACCAUAGAUGCAAAGACCCCUCUGAGGAACAUCUGAGGACCAAGCUCCUGAGACAGGCACCGGAUUCCCUGCUUCUCACCAGGCAAGACAAUCCACCUGACAUUAAAAUGAAGAAGUGCCCAUCCAGCAUCAAUGUCUCCUCCGAGCUGAUGCAGGACAGAAGUAUUUCUCCCUGGUCCUACAGAAUCAACGAAAAUGUGGACAGAUAUCCCCCAAAGAUCGUUGAGGCCUACUGUUUGUGCAGAGGUUGCGUUUCAUCCAAAGCCAACUCGAUGAUCAGCGUGCCAUUCUACAAAGAGGUGCCAGUCCUGUACAAAACGUCCAAGUGCAAGAAGUCAAGAUUCAUCUACAAAUUACGAAACAUUAGAGUCGCUCAGUUCUGCAUCUGUCGAUUUCCCUAAACGUCUUCAGGCUUUGAUUGUCAAUGAUCACGGGUGAAUUCACUAUGAUUUUUUAUCUGGGGUUUCUGUUCUUCAAGAAUAAUUACAGAGCCAACACCUUUGUCCAUGUGGUGAACACAAUCCAUGUUUAAUGGAUUGACCUUCUCCAAGUUAUGCUUGUUUUUUAAGGU